GUUGGGAGCUCUGCUGAAACAGACGUGCGUGGUGCCAAAAAAAGACACCAGAAGUUCACAAAGAGUGGAUUUUGACAAGCCUUUUGUGUCCCAACAUGCUCUCAGAUAUCCACCAUCAUUGCUGCCUUCCCACAGUGCUUCUGCUGCUUUUACAAGUUCAGCAGGGCGCUUCAGUGCAGGAGAUCCACACCAGCCAUGAGAACAUCAAGAAGAUAAGCUCAGCAGCAGAGAUGAUGCAGUGUUCGGGGGCCAUGGACAUUCUCUUCCUCAUGGACAGUUCUUACAGUGUGGGAAAGGGAAGCUUUGAGAGGUCCAAGCAUUAUGCCAUCAAACUCUGUGAAGCCCUUGACAUUGGGCCGGACAAGGUGCGUGUUGGACUCAUCCAGUUUGGCUCAGUUCCUCAGUUGGAGUUUGCAUUGGAUUCAUACACCAGCAAACACAAGCUGAUGGUACGGGUAAAGAAGAUUUCUUACAGGGGCGGUGCCACCCAGACCGGCCUGGCUCUGAAGUAUGUGCUCAGGAAAGGCUUCCCAGGCGGCCGCAACUCCUCCGCCGUGGCCCGUGUCGUCGUCCUCCUAUCAGACGGGUUGUCACAGGGCAACGCCGUACAGGUAGUGGCAGAGCAGCUCAAAAUGGAAGGCGUUGUAUUAUUUGCUGUUGGCCUGCGCUACCCAAGGUGGGAAGAGCUUCAUGCCCUGGCCAGCGAGCCAAUGGAGAGCCACGUAUUCUUUGCUGAGCAUUUCCACGAUGCUGUCAAUGGCUUGUACACAACACUUACCACCAUCUCGCUAUGCAAUGCCACUCCUGCAGGCUGCCAGGUGGAGGCGUUUCCCUGCGUGAGAAAAACACUGGAGACUGUGAAGGAGCUGCAGGGGAAUUUCAUGUGUUGGAAAGGCUCCAAGGGAUAUUUCCCACACACCUCUCUGUGUCCGUACUACAGGUACAAAAAAGCCUACAAGAGGCAUGCGACCGUCUGCCAUCGUACCAUCUGUCCUGAUCCCUGUGACUCACAGCCAUGUCUGAACGGAGGAACAUGUGUGUCAGAAGGUGCUGACAGCUACAGUUGCGUGUGUCCACCUGGCUAUGGAGGAGAACCUCAUUGUGCUCCUGCUUUGUCACUGGAUUGUUCAGUGGACCUGCUUUUCCUGUUGGAGAGCUCCGCCACGCUUACCUUGGAAGGCUUCCUGCGCCUCAAGUCCUUUUUGAGGCGCUUCCUGCAGACAGUCAUCGGCUCCGACACGCCCAGCAAAGUCGGCCUGGCCGUGUUCGGCGGAGAUGCUCGCGUUGCUGCACGGGUGGGCAAGUUCAGAGGAGAUCUGAAAGGUCUGUUUAAGGCCGUGGACGCUUUGGAGCUCAUGGGCGGCGAGACCAAGACGGGCCAGGCGCUUCGGUAUGUCACGCACAACGGCUUUGUGAGCGCGCCUGUGUUCGCCGACGUCAGCGACGACCUCCCGCGCGUUGUGGUGUUGCUCACGGGCACACACUCUGUGGACGAGGUGGUGGAGCAUUCCAAGUACGCACGGGACCGAGAGAUCUUCCUCAUAACUGUGGGACCGGAAAGCUUGAAAGGGCAUCUCAAUAACAUCACAGGAAACCCUCAAAGGACUCUCACCUAUGCAUCUCCUGACAGGCUGGAUGUGAAAAUCCCAGAACUCAAGGCGAAGAUCUGCAGUGUAGACACACAAGGUUGCCUCAACCAAGCGGUUGACCUGGUCUUCGCCCUGGACGCCUCAGGUGGCGUCAGCCGCAACAACUUUGCCACCCUACGCGACUUUGUGCGCAGCCUCACCGUCCAGUUUGACGUCAACCGCGACGUGGCCCAAAUGGCGUUGGUCACCUACAGCCGGAAAGCCACCACAGUCUUCAACCUGGAUACCCACGAGACAGGCUCCGCCAUCCUCAAGGCGGUGGGCCAGGCAAGCUAUGUCGGCGGUGUGGCAUCGACGGGCACUGCCCUGCUGCACGUGUACUCCGACGUCCUAACGGUGGCCAGGGGUGCACGGCCUGGGGUCAACAAGGCUGUGGUGGUGGUGACUGAUGGUUCAGGCAGCGAUGACGCUCUGGUUCCGGCACAGAAGUUGCGAGACAACGAAGUGUCGCUGUUUGUCAUCGGCAUCGGGGACGUGCAGAGGGACAGGCUGCUGCAGAUCGCCGGCUACGAGGAGCACAUGAUCUCAGUGCCGUCUUACGAGGACCUCAAGUACUUUGAGGAUGUGGUGGUGCAGUUGUUAUGCUCAGAGGUGAAAAAGCCUGUCAACCUUUGCAAGCCCAACCCUUGCAUGAAUGAUGGAGUGUGCCUCCUAUCAGGAGGAAGUUUCUACUGUCAGUGUCUAGGCUUUGAAGGACAUCACUGUGAAACACGAAACACCAGGUCUUCAUCUCGGGGAGAUGUUCUGAGACCUGCUGGUCUGAAGAAGAAGAAGAGCAGAAGGCAGAAGAAGAGUCACCAGGAACUCCUUCACCGCUACAAAUUGCAUCGCAGGAGACAUACAGCCUAAAAGUACACACUUUUGCAGUA